GUCAAAAGUUUAUCAAUAUAAAAUAUUCAUAAUAAGGAAUACGUAGUGAAACAGUUUCAAUCAACUAAUAAAUGUAUUCAAACUAAAAUAAUGGCAUCACAAAAAACUAUAAGAAAAAUAAUAUCAUCCCCAUUAUGUCCAAAACCUGUUGGGCCAUAUAACCAAGCUAUACUUGUAAAUCAUACUUUGUAUUUGUCUGGAAUUCUUGGUAUUGAUGUUAAAACUGAAAAACUUGUUAGUGGAGGUACUGUUGCAGAAACUCGUCAAGCUCUUCUAAAUAUGGGACAUAUUUUAAAGGAAGCUGGAUCUAAUUACAAUAAAGUUAUUAAAACAACAAUUUUCUUACAAGAUAUUAAUGAUUUCACUGAUGUAAAUGAAGUUUACAAAGAAUUUUUCAAAGAAAAUUAUCCAGCUAGAUCUACAUUUCAAGUUGGAAAAUUACCAAUGGCAGCACAACUUGAAAUUGAAGCUAUUGCCAUUACUGGUGAAGUAGAAACAAUUUGAAUAUUAUGAAUAUUAUAUUAUAUUUUAUAUAUUAAUAAAAUAU